AUGUCUUCGAAAAGAUUAUCGUUUAAUGAGGUUCUUGGUAGUCUGGAUUGUGUCGCUUAUGAACCAGAAACCGAUUGUAAAUCAGCCUUUUCUGUUGACAGAGCUUUUCAUGCCUUCCGACAUCAACGUGAUCUUUUUUAUCAACUUUAUGACAAUUGGAAAAACUUUCAAUCGCAAACUUCAUUCUCAUCUACUCAUACCUCAAGUGAUAUGAAAAAUCAAUUGGAAACUUCGGUUGGUCGGCUUGUAUCUCUUUCUCAUGAUGCCUCCAACAUGUAUCAUUUGGCUAAAUUAUUUGUCUCUCAACUUAUCCGAACCUGUAUCAUGGGAGGAACCAGGAAUUUUCUUACAAAUGAUCAAUCAGAUCAAUUUCUUUCAUCGAUUCAAAACGAUAAACUGAAAAAACUAAGGAAACGUUUAGAUCAUGCUGAAGUAGAACCUCCAUCUACCUUUAAUGAUGAAGAAUCUUUUUUCUAUCAGUUUAUUGUCACCAUAAAGAAUCAAUCAUUUUACUCUUAUCUUAAGUUGAUGUUGGUUCAGAAAAUUGAAGAAACCGAUAGAUGUUCACCCGUUUCCGGAGAGACCGAUGAAGAUCUGAUUGCCGACGAGAAGAAUAAUAUCAAACAUCAAUUUACGACACUUUCGCUGACCCUUCAAGUUUUGGCCAAAUUUUUGGGUCUCGUUGUUUUCCUACCUUAUCAAGUUUCCAAUUCGUGUUCCCUUCAAUUCAUUGAGACUCAAGUUUCACUUCGGAAAGAUGAUGUUUCCUGUAUCAAUUUUAUCGAUCUAAUCAGAAAAUCGGUCGAGUUGAGGAAAAUAUCCCUAACCAUACCCUGGAUUCUUCAAUUUCUCCGACAAAUGGAUACAGUUUCGCCUCGACUAAAGUGUUAUCAGGAUACAAUUAAGGCAAUUUGUAAAGUGAAAGAAAAUCUAUCAUCAAAUAGAUUCAAAUGUGAUACCAAUACGAAGGCUUAUCUUAUCAACAUAAUCAAUUCUUUCAAUGAAGAUUACCAGAAUUACAAAUAUUUGGAAACUGGUUCAGGGAUUGAGUUUUCUCGUGACGUUUCAACAAUCAACUUUGAUGAAUAUCAUGGAUUAAUUGACGAGGAUUAUACUUGUAAUCCAACUGUUAAUCUAUCGACAAUCAUAACAAGCCCUUCGAAACCUUUGAUUGUCACAGCACCAUCAUCUUCAUCGCCUCAGAAAGAAAAAAAUCGAUUAACUCCAAGAAAGAUUCGUCCAGUUACUCUGACAAACAAUAAACUAAAUUCAACCGUUGGAAUUAAUUCACCUCGACAGUUACAAUUUCAAGAAUUAAUCGCUGAAAAUGGUAAAGAAAUAGUUCGAGAAUUAGAAAAUGAUUUUCUAAGUCUUCAUCCAAUGUCUCUGGUUAAAGUGAUCGAACUGGUUUCUGAACGAAUCUAUUCGAGGUGUAUUAAGGAAUUGAAACAUUCAAUAAUCUAUCAAGCUAAAGAGACAAUCACUGAUCCUAAAUUAUGCGAAAAUGGAAAACCUUGUUUUCAUCGAGUUCUAACUGUCAACUCGAUACGAGCUUUUUGUUCAGAAUUUGCCCACGAAUUUUGCUCACUCGAAGUGCCAAAAAUUAUUCCUCUUCUUCUUUCGGUUCACGAUUACACGAAAGACACAAUGACCUUUGCCGCGAGAUUAACUGUCCACAAAACAUGCGAGAAAUGCUGCCAAUGGAUCAUCAGCAAUAUUAACCCCCAAUGGUUGACCAGUUUCUUCAAGAACUCGACAAUUUCCGAUGAAAAGUUGGAGAGAAAAUUGGACAUUUCUGGUCCAUUUAAUUCAGUUCGUGAUUUGAUUCGAAAGUUAUUAAUCCAAAGCGGCAAAUCUUUUCCCGAUCUUGUAUCUAAAAUUAGUUCCUUAAUCACUGAGCUAACCAAUGUACGAAAAUCUAAUCUACCAGAAAGACACAAGAAAAUAUUGGAUACUGCAAUUCACGAUUUAACAAUCAGUUUGGGAUAA